AUGCAGGAAUCGAAAAAGGUAGAGACCGUAAUAGAAGAGGCAGACGCGAGAGCGAUCAGAACAGAAGAGGAUAAAACGGGAGAGACGAGAACGGAAGAGACUGGAGCAGGAGUGACUAGAAAGGAUGAUGCUACAACGGGAGAAGCUAAAAUGGAAGUGGAUGAAGCGAGAGAGGCUGAAGGGGGGAUGACUAUUACGGGAAAGGUUGAAGCGGGAGAGGCAGUAACGCAAGAGGUUAAAGAGGAAACUGCAACUGAGAAGGAUGAGGCGGGAGAGACGGAGAAUGCCAAACCGGAAGAGACGAAAACGGAAGAGGAUCUAGUGGAAGAGAUUAACAUGGAAGAGUCUGAACCGAGAGAGGCAGUGGAGGAGGACUCACCUUGGGAUCUGCUGGAUAUUCCGGCUGAAGGCGGGCCUGGAGGGAAUGAGAAGAACAACGGUAGCGCAGCUGCCGGUGGUGGUGGUGCUGCUGCUGCGCCCAAGGGACGUUCAGCAGCAUCACCGGCAUCCGGUGCGAGCAGGGCAAUGGGCGCUGACCUACUCAGAGCAGCUUGCGCCGAUCUCCUCGCCCAUAGUCCCCAACGCUCGCUGACCCUGCGCGAGCUACUCCCUGCGUUGAAGUCACUAAAUCGCUCUGACCUGGCGCCAGCUCUAGCGGAGGUGAUCGGCGCGCCGGAGGGCAGGAGUCGAGGUUCCGCGCACGAGGGGCGUCUGCGGAGCGUUCUGUCCGCAGAUUCGCGUUUUACGAUGCAGGGAACGGGGAAAUCGGUGAGCGUUGCGCUGGCGGCUGCGGAGAGUGACAGGGAAGAGGGGGAAGGCGCAGGCAAGCGGAAGAGAAAGACGGAACGUGAAGGAAAGCGCGGGGGAAAGGCGGACGGGGAGGCGGAGGUUGCCAGUCCAGGGAGGAAGAGGCGGAAGGGAGUUGGGGAGGAGAAGGGGGAGAACGCGGAAAAAGGCUCAGGGGAGAGGAAACGGAGGAAAAGUACUGGAGCAGGGAAAAUCACGGAAGACGAGGAACGGAAAGAGGGAGCUGAAGAGAGCAAGAGCACGAGUCGCAUGUGCCAUCAGUGCCAGCGCAACGACAAGGAAACCAUCACCAUCUGCAGCAAGGUGCACACUCACCGCUUCUGCGGCGGCUGCAUCCGCAACUGGUACCCCUACCACACACCGGAGGAGAUCCACGCCAUCUGCCCCAAGUGCCUUGGCGUCUGCAACUGCAAGACGUGCCUGCGCACCUUCAUGCCCCCGCCCUUUAAGGCAGAAAGCUCCCCCGAGCAGAAGAGGGGCAUGGCGCGGUGGGUGCUGGCGUGGGUGAUGCCGCACGGGAGGGCCAUGCAGAAAGAACAGCAGCAGGAAGUGGAGGAGGAGGCAGCCAGACAAGCCAUCAACCCCUCCUCGUUGAAGGUGAAGCGCGCGGAGCUGCUCAAGGGCGAGAGAAUAUUCUGUUCGCACUGCCAGACGGGCAUAGCUGGCUUGCACCGCAGCUGCCCUGAAUGCGCCUACGACCUGUGCCUGCAAUGCUGCCGUGAGGCGCGCUCAGGGGCCCUCCCCGGUGGGCCUAAGGCGUUUAAGGGGAUGGUGGAGCAGGAGCGCGCACAGGAGAAAGAGGUGGGGGAUGGUGCACAGGGAGAGAAAGCAGAGGAGACAGAGGAGGCGGAGGGAAAGGGGAUAGGCAAGUCGAGGAAAAGCUCAGGAGGAAAGAGCAGCAGCAGGCGAUCUAAAAGGGGUGCUGGGAAGCGGGGGAAUAAUGGGGAGGUGGAUGAUAAGCAGGAAGAGAAGCAGACAGAGAACCAGGAAGAGAAGCAGACAGAGAAGCAGGAAGAGAAGCAGACAGAGAAGCAGCCAGAGAAGCAGACAGAGAAGCAGUCAGACGGCGGGGCGGAUGAGAAGGGCAGGGAGGGGGUGCCGAAGCAUCUAGUGGAGCGAUGGAAGGUGGAGGAGGACUGGCGGGUGCAGUGCCCUUCCAAGGACUGCAGCAGUGCGAGAGAGGCGCGCAGGCAGAGCGAGGGGCAAGGCGGGCAGGGGCCAUGGCUGGAGCUGCGGUCACUGCAUGCUGAUGGGUGGCUGACGCAGCUAAUGGCACAGGCAGAGGAGGCUCUAGGAACGGAUGGUGAGAGAAAGUCAGAGGAGAUUGGGGGGACAGGAAAAGGGAUGGUGAAGUCGAACGGGUGUAUGGAUGCUGCUGCUAUUGCUGAUGCCGCUGCUGCAGCACGGAAUGCGCAAGUGGCACUUGGGAACGUUCCCCUGGUUGCUGCUGAUCAGUUCCCGUGCUGCUCCCUGUGCCAGCAACGUGCAACGCAGGUGCUGCAGGAGAUGAGUGGUGGAGGAAGCAGCAGCGGUGGCAGUCAAGUUGCUGCUACAACCACACCAGGAGGAAGGACAGGGGAGCAAGACGCAGCAGCGGAGAAGGAAAGGGAGCUGUCGUCCUCCACCACCGUCCCUGCUGCCGCCACCACCGCCACUGUUGCCUCCACCACCGCCACCACCACCACCACAGCUGAACCUGCCGCUGUAGCAGCAGCAACAGCAGCCCCCUUGCCUGCCGUCCCUGCCUGUGACCUGCAGCACCUGCAACAACUGGCGGAGAGCCACAGGCUGCGUCUGGCCUCCACCCGAUCCCCCUCCUCCUGCUCCUCCUCCAACUUCCUCUUCUGCCCCACCGCCCAAGAUCUUGCCCCUCCUCCUCCUGCUGCUGCUUCUCCUGCUGCCGCGGGCAACCCUCCUCUCCCAACAGGGCACAACCCCCCCGCCGUGGCUCAUUUCCAGCAGCACUGGCAGCGUGGGGAGCCCGUAAUCGUGCGCCAUGUGAUGCCGCCCUCCAUGAAGGACGGGCUCAGCUGGGCGCCACUCGUCAUGUGGCGCGCGUUCCGAGAGACCAAGGAGGGGCGCAGUGUGCAGGAGAAGCUCACAGUGGUGGCCGUGGACUGCGAAGACUGCACUGAGGUAGAGCUAGGCACACACCAAUUCUUCGAGUGCUACAUGAACGGCGAGUCAAAGAGUGUCAAGGUACCGGACAUGCUCAAGGUGAAGGACUGGCCGCCCACUGCUGUGUUCCAGGAUCGGCUGCCUCGGCACGGCGCUGAGUUUCUCGGCGCGUUGCCGCUUCACGAGUACACGCAUCCUGAGAAGGGCCUGCUGAACCUGGCGACGGCAGUGCCGAAGGGUGACCCGAAGGCGGACAUGGGCCCCAAGGCUUAUAUCGCGUAUGGGGUGAGGGAGGAGCUGGUGCAGGGGGACUCGGUGACGAAGCUGCACUUUGACAUGGCUGACGCGGUGAAUAUUCUGACUCACUGCCACUACCGCCCGCCCAGCAAGCGUCUGCAGGGGCUGAUGCGGAAAAACGCGGAGGGAAAUGGGGCAGAGGCGGGCCAUGAGAAUGAUGUGGCGACUAAGAGUGAAAACGAGAAAAAGAAGGAAGGAGGCAAUGGGAAAGGGCGAGGAGGUGGAGGGGGCAGCGAGCAGCAGCAGCAAGCAGCAGGGAGCGGUGGUGGGCAGGUGCUGACAGCAGGGGGGGAGGAGGGAGCAGCACUGUGGGACAUCUUCCGGCGGGAGGACUCGGACAAGAUCCGUGCCUUCAUUGCUCGCCACCUCCACGAGUUCCGCCACCUGCACAACCAAGUCAUCCAGUCGAUGGACGAUGAGAUUCACGACCAGACAGUGUACCUCACUGCCCGGCACAAGGAGAUGCUCUAUAACGAGUAUGGUAUGUCCCAUGCCAUGCAUGCUCGCUCUGUCCCUUAUUACUGGCAUGCAGCCAGCCAUCCUCUCAGCGCAUUGAUCAGCAUCUCCUUUCCCGUGCCCCUUUACUUCUUCCCAUCCAUAUCGUCCAUACCUCUGCCCCCCGUACAUGCCAUGCCGUCUCCUGCUAUUUCAAAUAUGAAGGUAGCUGUGGACUUUGUUUCCCCCGAAGGCACCUCGCACUGCCUGGCGCUCACAGAGCACGUCCGCACCAUGCCCGUGCACCACCGCUCCAAGGAGGACCGCCUCGAGGUGAAGCGGAUGAUACUCCAUGCCGUGGAGCGAUCCCUCUCCAUCCUCAAACAACCUACCUAG